UCAUUUUCCAGUUCUAUAUAUGUGUGCAUGCUUUCCCAGUUAAACACUUCACAUUUACCAAACAAUAACAGGAAGAAAAUAGAAUUAGUUUCAUCCAUCUUCAUCUUCUUCGUUUUCUGGGUUUUUUGCUCAUGGGGAGGGGUAGGGUUCAGUUGAAGAGGAUCGAGAACAAAAUCAACAGGCAAGUCACUUUCUCCAAGAGGAGAUCUGGGUUGCUGAAGAAAGCUCAUGAGAUCUCCAUUUUGUGCGACGCUGAGGUUGCUUUGAUCGUCUUCUCCCACAAAGGGAAGCUCUUUGAAUACUCUAGUGAUUCCAGCAUGGAAACGAUCCUUGAACGUUAUGAAAGGUAUUCGUAUGCAGAGAGACAGCUUGUUGCUUCUGAGUCUGAUCCUCAGGGCAACUGGUCCAUGGAUUACAAUAGGCUUAAGGCUAAGGUUGAGCUCUUACAGAGAAAUCACAGGCAUUACAUGGGAGAAGAAUUGGACUCACUGAGUCUGAAGGAGCUGCAGAAUUUGGAACAGCAGCUUGAUACUGCUCUUAAGCUUAUUCGUUCAAAAAAAAACCAACUCAUGUAUGAGUCAAUCUCUGAGCUUCAAAGAAAGGAGAAGGCAAUACAGGAGCACAAUACCAUGCUAGCAAAGCAGAUCAAGGAGAGGGAGAAGACAGUCGCGCAGCAGCAGCAGCAGCAGCAGUCGCAGUGGGGGCAGCAAGACCAUGGCCUCAACUCAUCAUCCUUUCUGCUGCCACAGCCUCCGCCCUGUCUGAAUAUCGGUGGCACAUACCAGGAAGAAGCAACAGAAAUGAGGAGGAAUGAACUUGAUCUUACUCUGGAACCUAUUUAUUCAUGCCAUCUGGGAUGCUUUGCUGCCUGAAAUUCGGUACGAUUUUAUCAAUGCUUUCGGUUUACGACUUUAUGUUAAUAAAGACUUAUGCCUUUAUGUCUGCAUUAACUUAGCAUACAUAUCUAUAUAUAUAGUUAUAUAGGUAUCUAUGCGGAUGAUAAGUGUAUAUCUGGAUCUUGUAUU